GUCCUUUUUGUGGGGAAGAGAUCAGUCCUCUCUCAGGUUCCCCUUUGCCACAGUUUUCAUCGUCCCUGUAUCCAGAUUGUGAAGAUGGAAGGGGUCCAACCCCCGGAGGAGAACGUGGGAAACGUGCCGGGGCGGAGAUUCCAGAGGAACAAGCUAUUGCUGGUGGCCUCCGUCAUUCAGGGGCUGGGGCUGCUUCUGUGUCUCACCUACAUCUGCCUGCACUUCUACGCUUCUCAGGUAAGAUGCACCACUGGGCACUCUUAUCCUCCAAUACAAAGUAUCAGAGUACAGUUUACCAAAUGUGAGAAUGAGAAAGGUUUCAUCAUCACAUCCCCAAACAAGGAUGAAACCAUGAAGGUGCAAGACAACUCAAUCAUCAUCAACUGUGAUGGGUUUUAUCUCAUCUCCCUGAAGGGCUACUUCUCCCAGGAGCUCAGCCUCAGCCUUCAUUACCGGAAGGGUCGGGAACCCCUCUCCUCCCUGAGCAAGGUCACGUCUGUCAACUCCAUCGUGGUGGCCUAUCUGGCUUUCAAGGACAAAGUCUACUUGAAUGUGACCACUCACAAUACCUCCUGCGAUGACAUCCAGGUGAAUGGUGGGGAAUUGAUUCUUAUUCAUCAAAAUCCUGGUGGAUUCUGCGCCUACUGAGGACCUGAUGGCUGCACCUAAGCCAGGCACCAGCAUGAACACUGAGCUGGGGGUGAACAGAACACUGAUUCUUCCUUGGGAGUGGAGGAGUCAUCCCAGCUCAGCCCCUGUAUCUGGCCACACCGGAUGUGACCAGAAGCAGAUCCCCUCUCCCCUCCACUCAGGGAUAUUUAAAACAUAUUUUACAUACCAGUUAACUUUAUUUAUCCUCAUGUCUUCUAAAUCACCUAGCCCUUAUCCCUCACAAUUGCCUCAAGCCUAUUAGGCACCUCUGUGAGAAUGAGAAACUAGGUGCCACUUCCUUAAGAUGCAUUGUUUCUAUUGGUCAGGAAAUUGUUAUAAUAAACUUUCUUUUUUGAAAAAGACACUUGACUACCAUUUGCUGGAAAUUUGACAUCUGGCAUUGUCAAAAUGAAGAGGACCAAGGAGGGGGUUAUAAAUCUGCCAAAGGUGGUGUGGACCAACCCCUGGCAGCCAAAACUGCCUCUCCAAGAUGAAAUUGGUUGCACUUUGCAUAUUGCCUAAAUACUUCUCUCAUUUGGUGGAGUUCAAAAGGAAAAUCAGCUUGUGAACAGCUGUCAGGAAUUGAUGAAGUAGCCGGCUAAGGAAUACUCUGUGCUCUGGGGU